AUGGACCAUGUAUCUCAAGCGGCCGCCAAAACCGCAAGCAAGGGCGAGAAGAGCCUCAGUGAUCAGUUCUUUGGACAGAUCGGACUGCCUGCGUUCAUCAUUACGACCUUCUACCCCCAACUUAUCUCGAAGCUGGCGAAAUACCCCAAGACCGUCCGACUGCUGUCGCUCCCGCUAGCACUAUGGAUUGGCUGGGAAUUCGUUGCCGCCAAGCUGACCACCUUCUGGUACAAGCUCAUGUCGAAUGGCAUGUCGUCGGUCCUCAUCUCGAGCGAAGAUGGUGCUCUUCACUCGAGCUUUCGUCGCUUCCUCAACACCAAGAAGCUGAUGAUGCUGGAACGUCAGGUUACUGCUACCUCCACUCAGUACCUGCGCAACCAAGUUAGCAACGGCAGACUCUUGGAGAGAAAUCUUGGAGAUGGCAAGUCUGUCGUGUUCGACCCCAAGAACAAGUUUCAGUUCUUCUGGCAUGAGGGCCGCAUGUUCGUCUUGACUGUCGAGCGACUCAACGCCCAUUUGAACCGCUCCGACAUCACUGUCUGGACCUUUGGCUGGUCUCCGGAGCCCAUCAGACGCAUGUUGGUUGACGCAUACGAGUUGACCUUGAAGCAAGAUGGUCAGGUGCUUACCCAGAUCUUCGUGCCGUACUCUGGUCGCCAGUGGACGCAGCGCUGCUCCAAGCCUCGUCGGCCCCUGGAAAGCGUUUACCUCGCCGAAGGUCAAAAGCAGAUGCUGCUCAAGGACGUUGGUGAGUACCUCGACGAUGCCACUGUUCGCUGGUACGAGGACCGAGGAAUUCCUCACCGCCGUGGCUAUCUUUUCCAUGGCAGACCAGGGACAGGCAAAACCACGCUAGCACUAGCGCUAGCUGGUCAAUUCAAGCUCCAGGUUUACAUGCUGUCGCUGCUUGACAACGAUGUCAGUGACAAUUCAUUGCUUGUUCUCUUUCAAUCCAUUCGAAAAGGAACUCUCAUUCUGCUCGAAGAUGUCGACUGUGCCGGAAUUGAACGACGUCCCAAAGCAAGAAGCAAGAUCAGAACCAAAAUAAGACCCACCGACGAUGGCACGGAAGAGUCAGCCUCGGGCUCUCGUGUAACUCUGUCCGGGCUUUUGAACGCCAUCGAUGGCGCUGGGGCGCCGGAAGGUCACAUUCUCAUCAUGACAACCAACAAACCGGACGUGCUGGAUGAAGCUUUGGUUCGUGCGGGGCGUGUUGAUGUUCAUGUCGAAUUUGGCAAUGCUACACGCUUCCAAAUUCGUGAUAUCUUUAUCAACAUGUACCAUCCAGCUACUGCGAAAGGAACCAACACGACCUUCUAUGUGAAGAAAGAUGCAGAAUCAGAAAGCUCGAAGCAAGGGAACAAGGAGAUAGAUCUAGCUCAAGCUGAUAUCAAGAAGAAGAAGCUCGAGAUACAUGCAUUAGCCGAGACAUUCGCGGAAAGCGUGCCGCAUGGACGGUUUUCGCCGGCUGAAUUACAGGACUACAUCUUGCUUUACAAGAACCAGCCUCAAGCUGCCGUGGAUAACGUUCACAGAUGGGUCUGGGAGAAGCUAGGCCAAACACCAGCUUCCGACGCAAGUGCCAUUCCUGACGACAGCGAAUCCUGCGGGGACGACAACAUCUUCAGUGAGAAUCAUUCACAGCGAUCGACGUUGGCUUCCAGUGUCAGCAGCGAGUCACUCCCUCAGGAGUCGCCAAAUAAGGCAACUUCCAAGACGAAGAUUCUCCAAGGUGAUGAUGCUGCGAAGACUCUGGUCAAAGAUAAUGCUGGUCGUGCUGCUCUCAUGCUGGCUAACAAGCUGUGCAAGCUCAAGCCUGAGCAGUUGACUGAGAUCCUCGGUAACAUUGAGUGCACAAGCAACGACCCUCGUAUGCCAUUGACGAAAGGAAUGGAAGUUGAGUCUCCGGCCCAGGAGCCUCGAAAGCAAUCGAGAUAA